GCUCCUCCUCCAAACAUGGUGCUUCCCUGCUCAGCCUCACCCUGCCCGCGAGAAAGGCCAGACCUUGCCAGGAGCUGAUGACUUCCGUCGCUUGUCAAUUUCCUGAAAGGCUGGCAUUUAAACCCCAGCUGCGGCACCAGGGGAGGAUGCUGUUGUGAGUCAGCCACCUCUUCUCCAGAGCUGCAGUAUGCACCCUCCGGGAGCAAAUCGGCGCCUCAGUCCCACUUCUACGAUCUGAAAGGAGAGAGUGAAUGAAGUUUAGCUUUUAACUGCCUCGCAAACCGGGCUGGGGGGGGGGGUUUCCUUUUGCAUUAUAAUUGCAAUUCAAGAUGAGUUUUUAUGCAAAUGCUUAAAAAAGCCUACCUAUUGCAGAUUUAAAACAACAAAACAAUCAAAACUCCAGUUGUGGAUAACGAGAGAUCCUGGAGGAAAUCAAGGGGAGUCAUCUCAUCUUCCAUUGAUGCAAGAAAAAGGACGUUGUUUUGCAGCCGCUACGGGUAUUUCAUCCCCCCCUCUCCACUGCAUCCCGCCCUAGUGUCUUGCUUUGCAUUACAGAGAAUGCUGUUUCCGAGAGGAUAACCAGCAACCUCUGGAGAUAAACAGAAAUUUGCUGCUUUAACAUAAACAAAUAUACAGAGACUAAAUUUAGGAAUUGCUGCCUGGAACCCUCCCUAGAAAGAGCUCCAGCUGAGCUAUAUACCUCUUCUGCUCUGUGCUUUGAAGACCAAGCUUCACUGAAAAGGAGAGAGCACUGAAAGGCAGACCCCUCUCCGGCCAUUCCAGCAUGUUCAGCUGGUUGGGUACCGAUGACAGGAGGAGGAAAGACCCUGAAGUGUUCCAGACGGUGAGCGAGGGUCUCAAAAAGCUCUACAAAACCAAGCUGCUCCCUUUGGAAGACUACUACAAAUUCCACGAGUUUCAUUCGCCAGCCCUGGAAGAUGCUGACUUUGAUAAUAAGCCAAUGGUGCUGCUGGUGGGGCAGUAUUCAACUGGGAAGACCACCUUUAUCAGGUACCUGCUGGAACAGGAUUUCCCAGGGAUGAGAAUUGGACCAGAGCCUACGACUGACUCCUUCAUCGCAGUGAUGCAGGGGGACGUGGAGGGUAUCAUUCCUGGUAAUGCACUGGUGGUGGAUCCGAAAAAACCCUUCAGGAAACUCAAUGCUUUUGGCAAUGCUUUUUUAAACAGAUUUGUAUGUGCCCAGCUGCCCAACCCAGUUCUAGAAAGCAUCAGUGUGAUCGAUACUCCAGGGAUCCUUUCAGGAGAGAAGCAAAGAAUUAGCCGAGCUCAAGAGGAGGGCUAUAGCAGUCUGCGUAGAUGCCUGUAUGGAGGUUAUGACUUUGCAGCCGUGUUGGAGUGGUUUGCAGAGCGGGUUGACCGCAUCAUUCUCCUCUUCGAUGCCCACAAGCUGGACAUCUCGGACGAGUUCUCUGACGUCAUCAAGGCGCUGAAGAACCACGAGGACAAGAUGAGGGUGGUGCUCAACAAGGCUGACCAAAUUGAGACCCAGCAGCUGAUGCGCGUAUAUGGCGCCCUCAUGUGGUCCCUGGGGAAGAUCGUCAACACGCCCGAGGUGAUCAGGGUCUAUAUCGGCUCUUUCUGGUCCCAUCCGCUGCUGAUCCCUGACAACCGCAAGCUGUUUGAGGCCGAGGAACAGGACCUGUUCAGAGAUAUUCAAAGCCUGCCCCGCAAUGCAGCCCUGCGGAAGCUGAACGAUCUCAUCAAGCGGGCACGGCUGGCCAAGGUCCACGCCUACAUCAUUAGCUCCCUGAAGAAGGAAAUGCCAUCAGUGUUUGGUAAAGACAAUAAGAAGAAGGAGCUUGUGAACAAUUUGGGGGAGAUUUAUAGCCGCAUCGAACGGGAGCAUCAGAUCUCACCAGGAGACUUCCCAAAUCUCAGAAAGAUGCAGGAUCAGCUGCAGGGUCAAGAUUUCAGCAAAUUCCAGCCACUGAAGAGUAAACUCCUGGAAACAGUGGAAGACAUGCUGGCCAAUGACAUUGCACAGCUCAUGGUGCUGGUACGCCAGGAAGAGUCCCAAAGACCCAUGCAGAUGGUGAAGGGAGGUGCCUUUGAGGGCACCCUGCAUGGCCCAUUUGGACAUGGCUAUGGUGAAGGAGCGGGAGAAGGAAUCGAUGAUGCAGAGUGGGUGGUGGCCAGGGAUAAGCCCAUGUAUGAUGAGAUCUUUUACACACUGUCGCCCGUCGAUGGUAAAAUAACUGGGGCCAACGCCAAGAGGGAGAUGGUGAGAUCCAAGUUGCCCAACACCGUGCUGGGCAAGAUAUGGAAACUGGCUGACAUCGACAAGGACGGGAUGCUGGAUGAUGAGGAAUUUGCCUUGGCUAAUCAUCUCAUUAAGGUCAAGUUAGAAGGUCACGAGCUCCCAAAUGAACUUCCUUCCCAUCUCCUCCCUCCAUCCAAGAGGAAACUGACAGAGUGAAAAGAAGGUCACCAGAGAGACACAAGGGAGGAGGGGGAAAGAGAGACAUCCCAGAGACAUGUUUACUUAAAUUAUACCUUUAGAUGUGAGGUCACCUUUGGAUUUAUAACAAUUUUAAUGUACAAAGGAAAACCUAAAGCAAAACAAAAAAGCCCAGCCCUUUCUCAUCAUAACAUGCAACUAACUCUUCCUAUGUAAUGUCCUUGCUUCCUAAUGUGUAGUCUGUAAAGAUGAAGGGAAAAGGAAAGGCUUAGAGACAGUGGCAGAAGCUGACAGAAGGGAGUGGAGGAAAGUAUCAAGUAGGCUGUGUCUUCCGGGGUUGGAUUAGGCACAAGUUAUCUGGGGAUAAUCUCCAGAAUCAUUCCUGAACUUCAUCCACGCUAUUUAGUUGGGUUCAGAUGCAGCCUGAGAUUUGUGAAAUUCCUGGUGGGAAAGGAGAAGCGAUAUAAAAGUCCCUGAGCUGCAGAUUAAAGUAAAAGAGCACAUCACCGUUAGUGAUGAGCCCCCACAGAAACCCCAGAUAAAAGCCCUCAUGGACAGGGUCUAUAGAGGUGUCUGCAGUCUGGAUCCAGAUCUAGUUCUGAAUUUUCCAAGUGGCCCCUGUCAUUAGGGCGGGCUCAGCCAAAACAGCACAUCUGAAUACACCCAAACUUCAGUGCUUUUGAAAUCUGGAUCUGAAUUCGGCAGCUUGAAUUCCUCUAACCACAGUGGGUCAGAUCGACCAAGCUACUGAGCACCUUUAUCUCCCAUUGACACCAGUGGGAGACUCCGACUCAGGGCAUGGCCAAGCAGAUGAUAAUACAACCCACAGGAAAACAAAGAGAAGGAGGGGACAAAGGCAUGGAAAUAGUUGAAUGUUUAGAGGCAGAGAUCAGAUGGUUUAGAGGGGAGGAAUUUUCCCUGCUUCAUCAUCCUCAAAUAAUCCACUGAAUGUGUCGUAUGGAACUGCUCAGUGUUUUCCCCUUCUGAAAGCUUUCUGGGCAAUGGAUGGUAUUUAUCCUUCCUAGAAAGUGAUAUGUUUACCUGUUAUCAUAGAAGUGUGUACAAUGAAAACCGCAAGCUCAUGUUCUUAUCUUAUAAAAAAAAAUCCAGCACUGUCAGAUGAAUCAUCUAUCAUGAGUACAGAGGCACCAUGUAGCAGUAGGAAGGGCUUGCUGUAUUUUCUGUGUCCUUGUGAGCAAUAGCCUGGAUACCGGUAAUGAGCCCCUGCUUAGCCCUCAGACAAUUACUCUUUAUUCCAUCCAGAACUUCCAUCCUGAGCCAAGAAAUGUUCAACUCUUCCUUUCAUUCACUAUGACAUUUCUGAUUUCCUGGGAUUUUACUUUGGUAAUAAUCCCUCCAUUUUAGAUUUGUUUUUCCCCCUUGCCCUUUUUACUUUUUUCAUUUGGGACGGGGUAUGGCUUCACUUCUUGUUGUCACUUGAUAUAUGCUGAGUUCCUACUGUGAUGAAAAAAACAAGACAAACAUAACUUAUUUUAUAUCUGUGUUGAUAUUAUAUAGAGAAAUAUAUUCUAUGUAUGUAGGAUGUGCUUACUGCAGUGCAUUUAUCUUUUAAAAAUUAAUGCAUUAGCCUUUUUGUACCCUAGUCGUAAAACAUUAUUAAAAAAG